AUGGGUUUCGAAGGAGAUGAGGAGUCGGCUGCCAACCAAGUGUCAACCAAAUCAAGAUUCAGAUACAACUCCCCGUUAGUCCAGGUUACCCUCAUAGGACUUGUCUGUUUCUGUUGUCCUGGUAUGUUCAUUGCCCUCUCUGGUAUGGGAGGUGGUGGUCAGGUGGAUCCCACUGCUGCCAACAAUGCCAACACCGCCCUUUACACCACCUUUGCCAUCUUUGGCAUUCUCGGUGGUGGAAUUUACAACAUUCUUGGUCCUCGCUUGACCUUAGCUGCUGGUUGCAGCACUUAUGUGUUAUAUGCAGGGUCCUUUCUUUAUUACAAUCACGAGCAGCAUCAGGCUUUUCCUAUCGUUGCUGGUGCCAUUCUUGGCAUUGGUGCUGGGUUCUUAUGGGCUGGAGAAGGGGCAAUCAUGACCUCUUAUCCGCCCCCGCAUCGAAAGGGGACUUAUAUUUCUCUGUUUUGGAGCAUACUCAACAUGGGAGGGGUCAUUGGUGGGUUGAUUCCUUUCAUUCUUAAUUACAACCGGAGUGAGGCUACUUCUGUUAACGAUGGGACUUAUAUCGGAUUCAUGUGUUUCAUGACGGUGGGGACUCUAGUUUCUUUGGCCAUUUUGCCACCGAGCCAAGUGGUUCGCUAUGAUGGCACACGUUGCACAAACAUUAAGUACUCCAACGUUUCUACGGAGAUUGUGGAGGUUAGUAAGUUGUUCUUAAAUUGGAAGAUGCUUCUCAUUGCCCCUGCUGCUUGGGCCAGCAACUUUGUUCACAGUUACCAGUUCAAUAAUGUGAAUGGGGCACUCUUUAAUUUGAGGACAAGGGGAUUGAACAAUGUGUUCUAUUGGGGGGCACAGAUGGUGGGUUCUGUUGGGAUUGGAUAUAUAUUGGAUUUCAGCUUCCAGAGUAGGAGGAAAAGAGGCUUUGUUGGUAUUGGAAUUGUUUCUGUGCUUGGGACUGCUAUCUGGGCAGGUGGACUUGCAAAGCAGCUAGGAUAUAGCCACAAUGAUUUACCACCCAAGUUGGAUUUCAAGGACUCCGGUUCCGAUUUCGCAGGGCCUUUCGUUUUGUAUUUCAGCUAUGGACUGCUAGAUGCCAUGUUCCAAAGCACGGUCUACUGGGUGAUUGGAGCCUUAGCUGAUGACUCUGAGAUUCUUAGAAGAUAUGCUGGAUUCUACAAGGGAGUGCAGAGUGCAGGGGCUGCAAUUGCUUGGCAAGUUGAUACACACAAAGUUCCAUUGCUUAACCAGUUGAUUGUGAAUUGGUCACUUUAUACAGUGAGUUAUCCAUUGCUUGCGAUCCUAGUCAUGCUUGCUGUCGAGGACGAUCAGAAGAAUGAAGAGGCAUCAGUUGAUCCUGCAUCUAUGGAUAACAAUAGCAAGCCAGUUUAA